GCCACCGCACCCGUAGAAUCCCCUCCUGACCUCUCCCUUCUCACUCCGGUAAGACCGAUGUUGCCCAUGAGGUCCGCCGCCGCCGCGCCGUGCUCGCUGGCAGCGCUGCUGCUCCGCCGCCUCUCCUCCCACUCGUCCUCUUCUGUCUAUUCCGUCAGCCGCCACGUCUCCUCUGGCCUAUCCUCUCAGCCCUCCGCCUCCUACCUCACCGCCAGCCCCCCCUGCCCCCUUUCCAUCAGCCGCAGGACCAGGGGAUUCGCGGCCUGGGCCUCGGCGCCGGGGCCGGCGGGGCCCGCCGAAUCCCCCGCCACGAAGGCGCUAGAGGCCAAGAUCAAGGAGCAGCUGGAGGCCGACGCGGUCACGGUCGUCGACACCUCCGGGGACGGCCGCCACGUCUGCAUAGAUGUGGUUUCCAAGGCAUUCGAGGGAAAAUCUGCAGUAAAUAGGCAGAGAAUGGUUUACAAGGCUAUAUGGGAGGAGCUUCAGAGCACCGUGCAUGCCGUGGACCAAAUGACUACCAAGACGCCAGAUGAAGCUGCUGCGAACAAGUAAUUCAAUAUCAUGCCUGUGGAGACAGUUAAGCUCUCCUUUGAAGAUCAGGCCCUUGCGAUUAGCACCAAGUUUCUGUUUGUUCCUGAACGAUCAAUAAUUCGCGAUGUGAUUAGCGUGCUUUCAAAAAGAAAUAUAUGUCAUUUGAUCUGCAUUUUCUUUUUGUUGGGACAGCUCUUCAGGACCCAAACAAAAUGUGAUGCUAUGUGCAAGCGUCUGUGGCUGCUAAUUAGUUGUGUAAGGGCAAAAUAUGAGUAAUGCAAAGUAUAAAGUGGGUAGACAGGUAUAAACUCCA